CCGACCGCCGAGCUGAGCGCACGCUCGCACUCACGCACCCGCCGCAAUGAUGCGGCGCGGGUCAAUGGCAAUGAUUGGCGGCGGCGAGCCGCUGAUCGUGGUGGAGGAAAGUGGCUCCGAGGAUGCCGAGUCAUCCCCGCGGUCCAGCGCGCCCGCUCGUGGCCUCUCCAUCGACCAGGAGUCCCCGCCGGACCCCUACCACCUGUCGCCCUGGCGCGACACCCGCAAGCACUCGCUUCCGACGCCGUCGUGCACCACUGGACCCACUGCCAGCCAGGUCCGUCGUUUGUCUGAACGAGGUGAGGGUGCAGCACGAGAAGCUCGCGAAGCAGCUUUCUUGGCUACUCUAAGCCAAGCUCCGCCCCAACCUGGAGGCCGAAGGCACUCCGUUGUGACAAUAUCUAGAGUACCACAAGCACUGUUCGGGCGCGGACGCCGCGAGUCCAUCGCCGCAUUCCCGGCUCUCGGCCGUCGCCGCGACUCAGGAUCUAAAAAAUGUCUACCAGCCAUCGACACACUCGGAAGCACUCACAAUCUGCAGCUGGAUAUAAUGGAUGACAUUGUGCAAGCACGUAAAGUCCGUAUGCGUCUCUGGAACACCUCGAACGAACGCGUCUGUGAGGUGCAACCUCUGGACGAACGCUCGCCGAUGAGUGGCUCCGUGAGGUACACAAAUCGUGGUCGUCGGCACUCGGACUUCGUGGGAUCUCCCCUGCCGCCGAUCCCGGCGCGCCGCCGCGCCUCCGAGAUGCCGCCGCCGCCUCCCAUCCCGCCCCGCACGGGCGCCGGCGUCGUGUGCACCGACACCGACCUCCAUCACAUGCUCAAUGCGCUCACAUCCUCGGCCACCGAGAUAGACCGCUGCGGCAAACCAGAACGCACUAGGCGCCUAGCUGACAUGCGCUCCAGCAGCUUUGACGCCUCCACCCUGCGAGACAAGCCCCUGGACUCCGGCACCACAUGGUUCACACGACGGCACCAGACUUUAGCCACGAAGAAAAAGGAAAACGAGCCAAAGAAAGGAAAGGUGACUUUUGCUCCCGACUCAAAACAGGCCCCGGGAGACGCAGCGGCAGUCGUGUGGGAUCGUCCGUCCGGGUCGGUGGUAGAUGCCAGCGCUCUGGGUAGCGCCAUUGAGGUGUUUUUGAGAAAGAGCGGUGCAGGUGACCCAGGUCCUAGCUCCUCGAGCAUGGCCGUGAUAAAGGAAACUGGAAAAGUAGGGGACGAUCGUCCCAAGCCACGUGACAUUCCAGGGCCGGCGCGGGCGCCGCGCGCGGGCGAGCGCUGGUGCAGGCCCGAGGAGGAGGAGGCGGCCGAGGGCUGCGACGCCACGCUCUGCUCCUCGAUAAAGGACCUCUUCGUGUAAGCGCCGCGACGCGUUUAAACUCUUGUAAAUUAUUACCUAUAGUUGUCAAAUAAAGCUCACGUCUCAGACGGCGCGAGCGAGUAGGUGCGCCCGAGCGCACCUUUGUACUUUAUGAAUCUUUCAAUGUGAUAGACUACGCGCGGGCGCCGGUCGUCCAGAGUCGACUCACGACCGACGCCCGCUACGCGUGAUAUUAUUUUUAGAGUAAAUUCUAUUUUCAUUGUAAAUUUUUUGAUAUUAGCGAUCAAAUAUUGACUUAAUGUUAGAUAGAGAAUUAUAUUCGUGAUUGCGGGCGCGCAUUUCUACGCCUCGUGCGGUCCCCCGCGCGCCCCACCCCGCCCCGUCUCGUUGGACAAUCUGUGUCUUGUAAUCCAUGUUACCAUUAAACAAUUAAAAUUUUAUCAUAUACCUAGCAGACAUUAAGGUGGAGACGUUGGGAGAAACGUACGCUUAAUAGACGAAGGCGGCAUCCAGUCGUCUUUUAUCAAUAAAAGUUUUUA